AUGAAAGAAAAAAAUAUCAAUAAUAUCAAAGAAAAAAGAAUAAAAAAACAGGCGCAAAAAAAGACUAAAAUAAAUAAUACAAAGGAAAAAAUAAAUAUAGCAUUAUCAUCCACUAAAUUAAAAAAUAUUGAAAUGGAUUUAGAAAAUAAAAUAAUAGAUGAAGACUUAUUAACACCUAGGGCUUUUGAUAGAACAAAAAAGAGUAUGGGUAUUCGUAAUUUAAUGAUGAGCAUAAAUGAAAAUAAUAAUAAACCAAAAAAUGAAAAUAAUGAAAGAGACGAUGAUAUUAUUUUGGAUUCUAAAUCAAAUGGAAGUAUAAAAGAAGUAAAUAAUUUAAAUAAUGAUAAAAUAAAUUGUAAUUAUAAAAAUAUUGAUAAUAAAAAUAAUGAAGAAAUAAAAGAUAACUGCGUUAAUAAUGAAUAUAUAAGUUAUGAAGAAUCUAAUUAUAAUAAUGUAAUAAAGCAAAAUGAUUCUUCAUUUGUGAAUAGUGGGUGGCAAACUCCAAAAAAAAGUAAUGUAGGAUUAUAUUAUACAGGGAUAGAUAAUCCAUCUACCCUAAAAAAAUAUAAAACUCCAUGUGAAAUGGAUAUGAUUCAACCUGAUGAAAGUUUGAUUGGUAAUAAAUGUAUAACUAUUAAUAAUUAUGUUAAUCCUCCAAAAUAUAUAAACAAUGUAAUAACUCCAAGUAAAUUCCCAUUAUCGGGAGAAAAUAAUAUUUUUGUAUCAUAUGAAGAUUUUAAAUCUCUUUUUAAGCAUAAAGCUUGUUUGACUAGUGAGCAUGAAUUUAACAAUAAUAAUUCAUCAAUUCAAAAUGAAAAUUAUGAAGGAAAGUAUUUAGAAGGGAUAACUCUGAAUUAUGAAAAUCAUGCAUGGCCUAACAAAAAGGAAGAAUUCAAUUCUAUAAAAAAAAAUAAGAAAAUUUAUAAUGGUAAUAUUAAUUCUCCAAAAAGUAAAAAAAUUAAAAAAGAAAUGACUAAAUUGAGCACGAAAAGACUUUUAUAUGAAUUAGAUGGGGCUCAAAAAAAUAAAGAUAACAAAAAUCAGAAUAAUAUUAAAAUCGUUAAAAAAAUGAAAACUGAUAAUAACCAAGAAAAAGAAGAUGAUAUAAUUUAUAAUUUUAUUGAUUAUGAAAUUAAACCCGUAAUUAAGAGUGAAAAAAAUAAGGAAGAAAAAGAAUUUAAAUCAAUGGAAAUGAUGGCUAAAGAGAAGCAAAAUCCAUUAACUCCUAUAUAUGAACCUUAUUCUAAAGAUUUAGAUGAAUUAUUUAAAGAUAAAACCUUUCUGACACCUAUUAAUUUAUUGAUAAUUUAUCAAUAUCUAUUAGUUGUUAUAGCAAGACGUAAUCAAAAAAAUCAACCUGUUUUUUAUCAAUUAAUUAAAAAAGAAAUGUCUAAUUUAACUCCCUAUAGCUCUUUCAAUGAAGAAUCGUUAAAACAGUUAGCUUGGAUUGCUCCCAAUUUAAUUCAAUUAAAUAAAGUAGUUGUUACAAAAGAAAUUCUUGAAGCUAAUCAUCAAUCUUAUCCUGACUAUUUAACUGGAAAAAAAAUAGAAGAUAUACAAAUAAGGGAGCAUACUGAAAAUUGUGAAAAUAUAUAUAAGUAUACUGCAAAUGAUAAGAAUGAAAUGCUUAAAAGAAUUAUUAUAAAUUGGGCAAAUAUAAAGCAUAAUGAAUUAUUAAAAAAAUUAAAUCCAAAUUUUUAUUUUCCAGAAUAUUUUGAACUAAAAAAAUGGCAUUCCAAAUUUGAUUUUAAGGAAAUUAUAUUCCCGAAAGUUACAUUAGAAGAAAACAAAAUGCUUGCUCAAUUAUCACAUACUCCUCAAGAAAGUAAUGCAGAUGAUUUUAUAGUCAUUCAAGAUAGCCCUAUAAAAUGUGCUACAAAUGAUUUAAAAAAAAAUGGAACAUUUAUUGAAGAAAUAGAAAAAGAAAGGACUAGAACACCUUUGGGAAAAAAUAGAAAAAAAACUAAUUUUAUAGGGUCCUUUGCAAGUGUGUAUAAUCAAGAUGCUCCAAAAAAAAAAGAAACAAAAAAUAUGAAGCAAAUUAGAGAAGAAGCUAAUAAAAAAAAAAUUAUUAAAGAAAUUAAAACAGAACUUGAUAAAGAAUAUGAAAUAUUAUUAGAGGAAAAAAAAAAAUUGGAAAAUGCAAAAUGGAUUGCUGAAAUAAUUCAUGAUAUGUUUAUUGUUGAAGGAACUCAAACAGUAUUAGAAUUAAACACUUUAUCAAAAAAAAUAGCAGAUAAGUAUAAAAGUAAUAAAAGUUUUCAGAUGGAUGAAAUAAAAAUUAGUGAAUUAAUAGAAUUGUUACCAAAAUACGUAACUAGUAUUAAUAUAAAACCAAGUUUGAUGAAUAAGGAUAAAAAGAAUGUAUCAGUUAAAUCAAGGAAAAGUCUUUGUAACUUCUUAGAGCCUAUUUCCAAAAAAAUUAGUGAAAUUUCGAAAAAGUAUGAAGAAUUAAAAAAUAAUAAAGAAAAUAGAUUAAAUGAAUUAUGGAUAAAACAUAAUGUAAAAUAUGAACUUACUGAAAAUAUUAAAAACUAUGUUUUAAACCCAGGAUCCAUUACUGUUUCUGAUUUAUAA